AUGUUUUUUACCACCAUCUUGCAGGUGGGUAAAGUAGUCGUCUGGCGUAGGCCCUGCUACCAUCCGGGGGAUAUUCAGGUGCUGGAGGCAAUCGACAUACCUGCAAUUUACGACCAUAUUAACGACACACUGGUUGUCAGCCAUGAAGCGUCGCGUAAAAGAGUUAGAAACAAAUCUGGUACUUCCGAAGAGGAAGUGACGCCGCCAUUCGCCAUGCGCGCAUCCGGGGGCGAUUACGACGGCGAUACUUUCUAUGUCGCAUGGGAUCAACGAUUACUCAACGACAUGCCGAAAUCCUUUCCACCGGCCCGUUAUUCAGAUAUUCUGGGCAUCAAAAAGCCUGUGAUUCCCAUCUCGUAUCCCAGUGUGAUGAAUAAUGUGUCCAUGUCCAUUGUGCACAAACCGGGUACUUUACACAUGUACUGGAUGAUCGAGGCCAUCCAUCCCACGCGCGGAGGUGCCACAGGCGAGACAGCUGCUGCUUUGAACGAUAUUUUCCACAGGGACUCAAAGUCGACCGUGCGACACUUGAUUUGGGGCAUAACUAAUCCCAUCGAAUCUGGGAGUAUGGCCAGGCUCCUCAACAACACGCAAAUGAAGAGAAGAUACACACCGAACAAGCUGAUGAAGCUGUGCAUGUCGUGGGCUGAGUCUCAAGAGCUGAACGCAGAACAGACGGCGCAAGCGGCGCUGCUGUGCAUCGACCAUCUGGACCUGCCCGCCAUGGACCCCAAAGCGGUUGUAGAGUUGCUGAAGAUAGCAGACAAAUCGGAACUGGCCAAGCUUCCUCACGCGGUGUACAGCCUAAAGAAUCUGAGAGGUAGUCGCGCACAGGAUACGCUAGACUGCAAGGCGUGGACUCCUGCGACAAAUUGGCCCGUAUACAGACCUCCGUGGGAAGAAAAAAGGGGCUUGUUUCAGAAACAAAACUAAUAAAAGAAUAAAUAUGAAUACUAUGUUUGCACCCCACUCAAUCCUCGUAUGUAAGCCGGACUG